CUGAGGCCAACACCAACACGGAGCAACUUGUCGAGGGUUUAACACUUGCCUUUUGGUUUUUUAUUCUGAUUUUGUUUUUCUUGCAUGGACCUAAGUCUGUAGCUUUGCCAUGGAGCUGGGAAAAGUUCAUUUGAACCUAAAGACACUUCUGCUGACAAUGAUGAUGUUCAAGUGGGGAACUCUCUGCUCGGCCACAUCAGAAAAAUGUUUGUCUGCACCUUGCCAGAAUGGGGCUACCUGUGUGGACACCAUGGAUGAUUACGCCUGUAUCUGUGCCAGAGAACGUGUGCUGUACAUGGGCAAAAACUGUGAUGAACUUUAUGAUGGCUGCUUCUUUGUGCCGUGUCAAGACUGCAUUAGUACCCCGGGAACAACGGAAUACCACUGCAUAUGCCCGGAUGGACUUACAGGAGACAACUGCACAGAGGAGGUGGAUGAGUGUCAGAGCAACCCUUGCUCUGAGCCUCGUUCUCUAUGUGUAGAUCAGCUGUAUGGAUAUUUCUGCAGAUGUCCGUCUGGAUACGGAGGUCAGGACUGCAGGACACAUGUGACUGACUGCAUUGAUAAACCCUGCAUGAAUAACGGCACUUGUGUUUUACAACCAAAUGGCUUUGAAUGCCACUGUGCACCAGGGUUCAAGGGGAGGACCUGCGAGGAAGAUGUCAAUGAGUGUUUAUCAGAACCCUGUCAGAAUGGUGCCAUCUGUAUUGAUGGAACGGCAGAAUACCACUGUUUCUGUGUGCCCGGUUUUCAGGGCCACAACUGUGAAAUAGACAUUAAUGAAUGUGCUUCUCAGCCCUGUGAGAACAAUGCUACCUGCAUAAAUGAGAAGGACCAUUACGAAUGCGAAUGCACAGUGGGCUUCACAGGAGUCAACUGUGAAACUGAACUAGACGAGUGCGACUCUCAUCCCUGCCAAAAUGGUGCCACUUGCCAUGAUUUGACUGGCAUUUACUCUUGUGAGUGCCUGCCAGGGUUUGAUGGCAUGAACUGUGAGGUUGAUGUAGAUGAGUGUGCCAGCCAGCCCUGUCAGAAUGGAGCAUUCUGCCAUGAUGUGGUAAACAGCUAUGAAUGUGACUGCAGCAACACAGGAUUUGAGGGCAAACACUGUGAAGUGGAUAUUGCUGAGUGUGCUUCAGAUCCCUGCCAGCAUGGUGCCACAUGUCUAGAAGAAGUCAAAGGAUAUUUGUGUCUGUGUUGGCCAGGUUAUGAAGGAUCUAACUGUGAAGUUGACACUGAUGAGUGUGUUCAGCAGCCCUGUCAAAAUGGUGGGGAGUGUUUGGAGCGUUCAAAUCCUUCCCACUGGGAGCUGGAAUGGAAGCUUAGCUUUGCAGAUGCUGCUGGGUAUAUAUGUCAGUGCCAAGGAGGUUUUGCAGGAGAGAACUGUUCCAUAAAUAUAGAUGAAUGUGAAUCUGAACCCUGCCAGAAUGGAGGAGCUUGUGAGGAUAAGAUCAACGGCUACACGUGUGUGUGCCCUGUUGGAUUCUUAGGUGAGCUAUGUGAAGUAAACAUUAAUGAAUGUGAGAGCCAGCCCUGUCAGAAUGGCGGCUGGUGUGAAGAUGGCAGAGCAUCGUACACCUGCCACUGUCCUGAAGCUCAGCCUGAUGACCUUCCAUGGGGAGGUGAUCACUGUGAGGUUAAACUUCAUGGAUGUGUUGGCCACAAAUGCCAGAAUGGAGCCAGCUGUCUUCCGACGUUGGAAGAGGGGAAACACAGCCACAUGUGCUUGUGUCCGCAUGGCUUCUAUGAUGAGCAGUGCUCUACGAGAACAACAUUUUCACUGUCCACCCCUGGGUUUAUUCAUAUCCAGGUUGCCCUCAAAGAAAAGGUCCGCAGAGAGGUUGAGCACCAUGUUCACCAGGGUUUGGGGUUACAGCUUCGUUUCCGAACAACUUUACCUAGUAUGUUGAUCUUCUACAGAGGGGAUAUGGAUAACUAUCUUCUCCUGGAGAUUUUUAAGGGUGGUCUUCAUGCAAGAGCUUUUUCUGAAGAGUCUGAAUUGGAUGUAACAUUUCCUGGCCUGGUUAGUGAUGGAGACUGGAGGGAUGUCCAUGUGUUUUUGGAUAAUGGAGGUCUGUCCUUGAUCAUAAAAGGUCCUGACUGUGACAGAGCUGGAUGUACAGUUACAGAUAGUGGUGAUGGGGAACCUCCUUUCCAGGCCUCUGAAUCCUUUACUGAUGUUUACAUAGGGGGAGCACCAGAUGAGCUUUUGGAGCUCUCUUUAAGCAGUGCAGGAUUCCUUGGAUGUAUUGAAGACCUUAUGAUUGACUCAAAACCUAUUCUACCCCAAGCACUUCCAGAGGACCACGAUUUUGAGUUGGGGUGUUCCAAGACGGAAUGGUGUAAAUCUGAACCUUGUAAUGGGCAUGGCCACUGUGUGGAUGUGUGGACCAGCUACCAGUGUGAUUGUUCCCGUCCCUUCCACGGGGAGAGCUGCUCUGACGAAUAUUUUUCAUGGACCUACAGCCACGAGGACACCGUGAGUUUUAGCUCCUAUGAUAUCAAAGAGAGUCAUGGAAGCAACUUCAGUGUCUCUUUUUUCAUGAAGUCCUUGAAGCCAGAUGGGCUGCUGCUCCAGCUGAGAAGACCUCCUGCAGAAGAUGAAGACAAAAUCUACUUUUCAGUCUAUCUGAGGAUGGGGAGGGUUUUUGUCAGCUCCCUGCCUGACAGCCCCCCACUGACGGCUCCAGUGUUUCUCACCACUGGGGAGAAGCAAUUUCUUUCUGUGGAAGUCAAACACACACAUGUGAUUUUUAAUCACACAGGCCUUAACUAUGGAAUAGGAGAGAUCCCUAUGAUGAAUGUUAGGAGCGGAGAUAAGGCUUAUGUUGGAGGGCUUCCACAAGGCUGGGAUUUUGAUAGGUGGGGGGGGCAUUUUAAAGGCUGCCUCCAGGACUUUCGUUUAGACUCUGCACAUUUGGAUCCGGGUGGCUGGAACAGCUCAGAUGAAGUAGUUUAUGUAUCAAGUGAAUCUGAAAAUUGGAGGGAGGGCUGCAUCAGUGAUGAUACCUGCAAGACCAAGCCCUGUCAGAACAGAGGAAAAUGCUCUGUCACCUUCAACGAUUUUACCUGUUCCUGUCCAGAGGAAUACACGGGAAAGACCUGCCAAACACGCGUUUGGUGUGUCAGCAAUCCUUGUGUCCAUGGCGGCUUGUGUGUGGACCUUCCUGAUGGAUAUGAAUGUUUGCACAACACCACAUUUGAAAACAACCCUGUGCAGUACAGUGCUGGAGGCUCCCUAGCUGAACCCAUCUCUGUCAUUUACAUGGAGCUGCGGACCCGAUCAGAGAAUGCUGUGCUCCUGAGGGCCUCCUGGGGAUCCAACCUGCUGGUGGUGGGCAUCCUGGAUUUCUCAAUCUGGGUGGAGAUCCAAAGUGACAGCAGCAUCAAGUCGCUAACCUUUAAAGGAAAUCGUCACGUGGCUGAUGGACGCUGGCAUCGCGUCAACAUCUCUAUGGCUGACUGGAAACGUAAAACCUCCCCCUGGGUCAUCACUGUUGAUGGAAUCACAGAUGCUACCAGCAAACAGGAGCGCACAGGAAGUCUGAGCUUCCUCAAUAAGAAGGGGGCCAUGCUGGCUGUUGGGGACAGCUUCAUCGGCUGUUUGGGCGCAGUGAGGCUCGGGGGGAUCUAUCUCCCCUUUGCAGAUGACCACAAAGCUCCGCAGCCCUCACAGUUUCACUUAGUUGGAAAACCAAAAAUUCAUUUGGGCUGCAACAGUGCACCAGUUUGUGAUUCUGGUCCCUGUCUGAACGGAGGAAGGUGUGAAGACUUAUUUAAUAAAUUUGGCUGUGUGUGUGACACAGGUUGGGAGGGAGAACAAUGUGAGACGGAUACUGAUGAAUGUGUUUCUCAGCCCUGUGUUUAUGGCAGCUGUAAGGACUACUUAGCCGGCUUUGAGUGUCGUUGUGACCCUGGCUAUGCUGGCACACUGUGUGAUGAAGAUAUCGACGAGUGUGAGCUUCAUCCCUGUGAACAUGGAGGGACCUGUCAGGAUGGACUUAACAUGUACACCUGUGUGUGCCCCAAAGACUACAGUGGCCCAAACUGCCAGUGGGACUAUCCUCCGUUACAGUGCAACACAGAUGUCCAGUGUGCAAAUGAUGGUGUGUGCAGAGAUGGGCUGUGGGGAGCUAACUGUACAUGCAUGCCAGGUUUCACAGGCACCAGGUGUGAAACGGAGAUUAAUGAAUGUAGCUCUAACCCCUGUCGGAAUGGCGGUUCCUGUUUAGAUCGGUUCAACAUGUUUGUAUGUGAAUGCCCACCUGGAUACAGCGGCCCGGUCUGUGAUGUCAAUAAAGAGGCCCAUAAACAGGGAAUCCCCUGGCUGAUGGUAGUUAUCCCACUGCUCUGCCUCUGCGUGGUGGUCCUGAUCAUCGGUUUGACCUUCAUGCUGCUCACAGCAAGGAAAAAGCGCCAGUCUGAGGGGGCUUACAGCCCCAGUGCUCAAGAGCUUGCUGGAGCCCGAAUGGAGAUGGACAGCAUGCUGAAGGUUCCACCAGAGGAACGACUCAUCUGACUCCAGGAUGCUGGGUAGAAGGACUUAGAUGUGAUCCAAGCACUGUAGGAGAACCUGACCAUUUUAAGGCAUUUGUAAGGUAUAGCCUCCAUGUGGCGGCUAACACUUAGUGAUCCUGUGAAGUUUGUUUAUGACAGAGCCUUACACUAGUUUUCUACCAACCGCUAGUUAUGUGGACUGUGUGUGUGCCACAUCUCAGUCCUCUGACUCCGCUCCUGCGUUAAUGGAUUAGAACAUGUACUGUUGACUGGAUCUCUGAUUAAAAUCUCCAGCUAAAGUUGUUUUCCUUGUGGCAUGAGGACAUUCAGAUAUCUGCUGGACAGGAAUGUCAAGCAACUGCUUUAAUUUCCAGGUUUUCUGCAUCAUGGGAAUUAUGGGCGAUUUUCACAAAGGUUUCUGUUCAAAUUUCAUGAAGAUGUUGUCAAUUGUUUUCUCUGUUAAAUGAAGUUGAACUGACCCAGCAGUUUUUAUACAAAUGUUACUUUAUGUGCAGUACCUUGCAAAAGUAUUCCUUCCAAUCAGCCUUUAUGGAAGGAUCGUAGGAAGGAAGCUUUAUGUUAUAUUGAAAUUCAUAAGUCUUGUUUGCAUUUUGCCAAAAACCACGUGGAGGACACAGUAAACACGUGGAGGAAGGUGCUCUGGUAAGCAGACAGCUAAAUGAACUGUUUCACCUACAUGCAUUAUUAUGCUAUUGGGAUACUUUAACAGAUACAGACAAGCUGGUCAGAUGAUGGGGAGAUGGAUGGAUACAUGACAAUCCAGGAAGAAAACUUGUUUUUUACAAACAACACUUGAAACUGAGGUGGUGGUUCAGCUUCCAGCUGGACAGCCACGUAAAACAUACAGCUGAAGUUACAAUGGACUGAUUUACAUCAAAUCAUAUUCAUGAGUUUGAGAGGCUAAAUCAAAGCCAGGACCUAAAUCUACUUGAGAUAGAGUGGCAAUGUAUGUAUGUUUUUUUUGCAUCUAGUCUUACUGAGCUUGAGCUAUUCUGCAAAGAAGAAUGGGAAAAAAUCUUAGUCGUUAGAUGGACAAAACUGAUAGAGACAAACCCCAGAAGAGUUGCAGCUGUAACUGCAGAGGAAGCUGUUCUAUGAAUUACUGACUUAGGGAAGCUGAAUACAAAUGCACGCUACCUUUACCAGAUUACUAUUUAUAAAGAAAAUUGUAUAAUUUUCCUUCCCCUUGAAUAUUAUUUUCCAUGUAGUGCUCUAUGACGUGAAAUCCCACUAAAAUACAUUGAGGUUUCUGGUUGUAAUGUGGGAAAAUGUGAAAAAGGUGUGAGGGAUCCGAAUACUUUUGUACUGCACUGUAACCUGAGUUGUAAACUGUCUGGACUUACAAAACCACAAGUUUUUUGUUACCAAACUUAUUCAACUUUCCUGUAAUGAGCAAAAAUCAAUCAAGAGCCAAUUGUAGUGAAACUAGGGAGGUUUAAGACUUUUCAAUUCAAUUCAAUUCAAUUCAAUUCAAAGAUACUUUAUUGAUCCCCGAGGGGAAAUUAGAAUUCCAGUUAUGCACAGUUAUCUGAUGCUGUUUAAAACAUCUGUCACACAUUCACCCCCACACAAAGGACUGCAGAUAUGUUAAACACAGCAGCACUUUCUAUAAACCCUUUACCUGCUUUCAUGUUUGUUCCUGAUGGUUAUUUGCAACAAAGGUCCAUCAUUCAAACCCGUUCAGGUUAUUUAUACAGUAUCGGUUCACAACACGUCAUCUCCAAGAUGUCCGAUUCAUAUCCAGUCAUACAAUGUUCCAGUUCAGUUCAGAUUCAGCUCAUAUAGGUUGGGUCUAAUCAGGACAUUCCAGUUCAGAUCCAAUUACACAGUCUAAUUAGUUCCUAAUACUAAUACAAUACAAUCAAAGUACAGCAAACCAUCAUCCUGAGCAAGCAUGUGGAGACAGUGGAAAGGAACAACUUCUUUUUACCAGGAAGAGAAGUCUAGCAGUAUAAUAGAAGGUGAGGUAGGUUGUGGUCCAAAAUGAAGACCCUUUCAAAUAAAACAUGUUCUAUGACAUAUAACGUUAAGAAUUUUCAGGCCUAAGAAACUAAUGAAACUGGGUUAUGAAGUGGAAAAAAAUCCUGAAAUAUUCUUGCUGUUCUGCUAAAAACUGGAGUGUUCCACAUGGUAAGUCAUUACUAUAGACCAGACCUCCGCAGUCCGUGUUGUAAAUAACUACAGAUUAACACCUAUGUAAUACAAAUAUGUCAGACUUUAACAAAAUAGUGUUUGCAUGAAUCAUCAUGAAGCCUAGUGAUCCGCUGUGGUCUUCCCCCUGUCUUGACUAGCCAUCGGCUCACCCCAACAUUGGGAAUUUCUUCCAUUUUCUCCAAGCUAAUUGGGUUAAGCAUUUUAUCCACUACGGGAUCACUCAAAGGUUUUCCACCAAGUGUUCCAGGGAUGUGAACAAAGUGUUUUAGAUCUACACAGAAACCUUAUGUUGCCCGAUCACUGUCGGUAAGUGAAGGGAAAUACCUGCAAGUUAAACUAUACAUGAAUAAAUCACAAUUCUGCUAAAUGUAUCGUAAAACUGUUCAUGUGUGUUCAUACACUGCUGUGAAGAAGUAUUUGCCCUAUUAUAGAUUUCUUUAGCUUUUUUUUUUUACCUAAAUGUUUUAGAUCAUCAAACAUAUUUUAGUAUCAGACAAACAUAACUGAGUGAAUACAGAAUGCAGUUUGGUGUAAAAAAGUAAUCACUCCCUAAACAUAACUGAUUGUACCACCCUUGGCAGCAACAACUGUCAUCAGGUGCAAUAACGAGCAAUGACUCUAUUAUAUCACUGUGGAGGAAUUUUGACCCACUCUCCUUUGCAGAAUUGUUUUAAUUCAGCCACAUUGGAUGGUUUUGGAGGAUUAACGGCUUGUUUCGGGUCACACAACAGUGUCCAAACCAAGACCCUCAUUUUGUUUUUUUAAUCAUUCAGAGGUGGACUUGCUGGUGCGCUUUGGAUCACUGUCCUGUAUAACCAAGAUGACUAUGAUCUUAAGAUUACAAACUGAUGGCUGGACAUUCUCCUUCAGGAUUUUCUGGUAGGGAGUGGAAUUCAUGGGUCUUUCCAGUCCUUCAGGUCUUAAAGCAGCCUCGCAACCAUGUUCGACUGCUGGUAUGUGUUUUUGAAAUGCUGUGUUAGUUUUUCACCAGAUGUAACAUGACGCACACCAUCCAAAAAGUUCCACUUUUAUCUCUGAUGAUAAAAGUUAUGAUUCCCCAAGGUCCUGGAGAUCAUCAGUUUUUUUUGGCAAAUGUGAAACGGGUCUUUGUUAAAUCUUGGACAGUGACCUCAACUGAGGCAAGUGAGGUCUGCAGAGCUUUAGGAGUUAUUCUUGGGUCUUUAAUGCCCUCCUGAAGGAAUUGUUGAGGAGUACGUUUGGUAGACUGGCCACUGUUGGAAAGGUUCAUCACUGUACCAUGUUUUCUCCAUUUGUGGAUAAUGGCUUUCAUGUGGUUCCCUGGAGUUCAAGAGCCUUAGAAAUGGCUUGAUAAUCCUUUCCAGCCUGAUAGAUCUCAAUGACUGUCUCACCUGUUGAAUUGCUCUUGAAUUACUUUAGGGCAGGGCACAAUGUUUUAAUUUCAACCUACUUGAUGUUGUCAGAGAGGUUAUUCUUAAGUUAUUACUUGAUUCCAUGUCAGCCAGUAUUCAGUCCUGCGUGUGGCAAGUGAACCUCAACCCAAAGAGUUGGGAAAUUCGAGUAAACGAUUUAAGAAAGGGUCAAUUAUAUUUUCACAUAGGGUCAGGUUUGUUUUUUCCUAAUUAAAGGAAAUCAUUUUAAAAACUGCAUUUUAUAUUUCCUUAGAUUACCUUUGUCUGAUGUUAAAAGUUGUUUGAAAAUCUGGAACAUGUGAUAAAAAAACCAAAACAGAAGAAAUCUGUAAAGGUCCCUUGAGGACUGACUGGCAUUUUUUUUCCACUUUUGUUGAUAUUCUGUUAUUUACUGUACAUAAAGCUCAUUUGUGUGCUCCAGUGGGAUAUUCAGCAUCAAAUCCCACAAGUGAAAAAUGUUAUAGCAGAACAACAUGAUCAGAGCACAUCCUCUGUUUUUGAAACAUGGCAGCAUACAGUGAAAUUAUGUCAUUUUUGUAAGGGCAUAUUUUUCUUCUGCUGAAGCAGCAAAGUUUUUUUCUUGCAAUUAGUGAACAGAUGUUUUGGUUCUUUGAUGUUUAGAUUUUGUAUGUUUCCAAUGUGUUUUCAUCAUCUUUAUUUUAUUUUCACUUUGAUGCCUCAAAAUAUUUUCCAUUUCUCUUAAGUUUGCUAACAGCAACAGAAGGUUAUACUGAACACUUUGAAAUGAUAAAAGUAUUACAAGACACAAUAAUAGGAUGUUAAUUGGCAUUUUUCAAAUGUAACAAGUUCAGCAUUGGAAGACGUGCAGUUCUGCCAGCACAGAAUGGAUCAUUUCUUACUUAUUUUCCACAUACAAACCUUUAGCUGCUUUUGUAUUGUAGAUAUGUAAUUAAACACAAGAUCUAAGUCA